GAACAUUCUACGCUCCUCUUUGUGAUGAGAUGGAUUGAAACAACGCCGGAUCGCAGCGCAGUGAGGAAUGGCUGGCUCUCCUUGGCCAUCAGUUUCGUCCAGUUCCAGAACAUCGGACAAUUUGCUGGGCAAAACGUCUGAUCAUUCGCUGGGUAGACAUCACCCUGCAUUGGUCGCAUCGUCGUGAUGGAUGACCUGCUGGACCUUGACUGGUCCAAGCCUGCCGAAAGUAACAAGGGCAUCGGUACGAAGCCUACCGCUUCGGCCGGUAGCGUAGGCCCGCCAGCAUGCACAGUUGGCAGCUCGACAUAUAACUUUGAUGCCCUCACGCGCGCCCUUCCCUCGGGCUCCGGAGGCAGCACCCCGGCACGAAAUGGCAGCCCUGCACUCACCGCGGCUGGACACUCCAGCCCCUCGCAGCUGACUUCGACCAAGGGGGCUGCGAGUGGUGGCCAAGAUGCUUUUGCGUCCCUUUUUAGGUCGUCGACAGGCGGGGUUGCCAAGCCGAACCCAGCAGCACAAAACAAGCUCACGCUGGCGGAGAGGCAAAAGAGUGCAACAAGUGCUUUCGGCAGUGGAGCAUCGACAUCUGCUCAGACUAAAGACACUGGCCUCAACUGGGGAGCUGCAGACGAUUGGGACUUUCUGGGUGAAAAAUCUGCUUCCAAAGCAAACAGUUGUAUUCAGAGGCCGACAGCAGCGCCAGUGCCCCAACCCCCGGCCAACAAGCCAGCUACUAUUCCGUCUGUCACCCGCGAAUUGACCCACGACCCCUUUGACUUUUCCGCGUUCGAGGAUUCUGGCACUUCGCAAUCAUCAGCGAUCGGUGGCCGACCUGGUGUCGAUGCCGACCCCUUCUCUCCUACUGCCUUCCGAAAUACGCAGACCACCAAAGAUGCUGAAGGCGAUGUGGAUGAUAUCCUCGGAGCACUUGCACAGCCUGCCAGUCAGGCAGCAAAGCCUGUACCUCAACCCGCGCUAGCUGGUAACGGAGCUCGCAAGGGCGCCACCAGCAACUCCCCAAACGGGAGCCGUCCUACCUCACCUCCACCGCAUCUAAUCGGAAAAUUAGUAGAACUAGGCUUUGCCCCGUCCGAAGCACGGGCAGCACUUGCAAGCACCGAGUCUGGCACAGAUGUUCAAGCUGCUGCGGAAGUGCUACUCAGCAGAAGGUCGGCGUCUACUCCCAGCACGCGUCCCGGGCGGCGCAAUGGCACAGCAAGGGGCGGCUCGCACGGAAGAAGUAGUGGGGACGAUGAGGGGGAUCGCGAGCUUGCUGAGCGGCUGCAGCGCGAAGAACGUCAGUGUGCACGUGCCAGUGAUCGGGAGCCUGCGGCGAAAUCGGAUGGCCUGCGAACCAUGAAAGACGAGUUUGCAGCAUGGCAGCAGCGUGAAGCUACACGUAACAAUGGCACUGCUAGUCGCUCCGAGCGCUUCGCUGACGAUUCUGACUCGGCCAUACCGCCAGACUGGGCCAAGUCCGCCGAUCAGAUCUAUGCCCAAGCAUCGGAGAUCGGCACGGCCGUCUUCAGCCGUGCAAAUGCUUUUUGGAACACGGCUAAGGCGUCGGCUGCCAAGGUGCUCGAGGAACGGCGCAUAGCAACAUCGGCCGGCGGAUCAGCAGACCAGAGCGAGCGAGAUUCGGGCCGUUCUACGCCUGUUUCCGGUGACUUUGGCGUGGCCGGUGGCACUGCGGCACGAGCGCUGCAGAAACGAUUGGCUGGAAAAGAUGCUCCGCCGCCUCGAAUGGACGGCCGGCCGCGAUGGAUGGUUGAUGCUGCCGCUACUGACAGUGCAGAUGAUAACGAAAUGAUGAACACCCCUUCAGUUGCAGGACAGCAACAUUCAAGUAGUCACCCGGCAGCUUCGGAGUCGUUCAAAGAUUCGGACGACGAUGACGAUGCGCCGAAGCCUACCUUUGUUCCACCUAGGCCAAGGCCGGAAAAAUCAAGGCCUGCACCAGCGGCGAACUCGGAGAGAAAGGCGCCAGCUUCAAGUUCGGAACGGCUGGCUGCCCAGGAGGAGCCUGCUGUCUACAUCUCUCCAACUCGACGCGGCAAAGCACGAGAGCUAGCGCAGAACGGUCCAACUGCCGCUCUAUCGGCAGCUGCAGCCUCGAGGCCAGUUGGGCCGCCUGUCCACCAACGCACACGAGUCACCAUUUCUGACCCGCCGGACAUCAUUUCGCGUUUCCUGGCACUGAAGCAAGCCGGAAAUGCCCAUUUCCAGAAAGGCGCAUACGGCGAUGCUGAAACGUCAUACACCAAGUGCCUCGAAGCGUUGCCUGAUUCGAGUCUGCGGCGCAUACCGGCGUUGAACAACCGCGCUAGCACACGUCUCAAGAAUGGCGACUCGGCAGCCGCAAUGCGUGACUGCGAGAAUGUCAUGAAAUUAAUCAACCCAACGUCUGGCUCGAACAGCUCCGAUAUCGCACCUUAUCGCCCCAAAGAGGAAGCGCCACUGCCACCUGAGCUUGCUGCAGAGGUGAAUCUGCGUGACGCAUGGGCGAAGGCAUUGCUACGCCACGCCCAAGGUGCCGAAGCCUUAGAGCGCUGGACGACAGCGCGCAAAAGCUGGAACUUGCUCCUUGUCUUCGAGAAGGAAGAGGGCAGCGGCAAGAAUGGCGUGACGAAUAUGCGCACCGCUCAGGAAGGACUGAGAAGAUGCAUGAAGAUGAUCUCGGGCGGCAAGGACAAAAGCGCAGCUCCAAUUGCAAAGCCUUCCCGAGCUGCUGCUGCUGCUGCUGCUAAAGCGCAGAAAGCUGCGGUAUCCAAGCUUGCCGCUCAGAACGCAGCCAAGGAAGCUGAAGAUGCGCAGAAGCUGUCGCUUAAGGACACUGUCGAUGCCAAGGUCGCCACGUGGAAAGGCGGAAAGGAGACGAAUGUCCGUGCGCUCGUGUCGAGUGUCGAUACUGUCCUUUGGCCUGAGCUUAACUGGAAGAAGAUCGGCAUGCACGAACUCGUCACGGACGCGCAGGUUAAAAAGAAUUACACCAAGGCGAUCGCGAGACUGCAUCCUGAUAAAGUGAGUGCUCCGUUUUGA